AUGCUGGUUUUCCUUCAUAAAGAAUCAAUUGGCAUGUAUAGGGUGCCACUGGGACGAAUUGGAGACAAGGGCAUUAUAAUGAGUGGACAGCCAAAAACAGAACAAGUAGUGCGCAAAUUUGUUUGGUGCCAGUGGGACACCACACAGCAGCGUUUACAUUAUAUAGAGAACGUCAGGUCAGAGGUCAAUGGUGAACCUCAAAUUACGCAGAAGUUGUCCACUAUACAGUUCAGAAGUAUGGGCAAGUAUGAAAAUAUGAUUGACAUCCCAAUAAAUUUCCCAUUUCCAUACAUCAGAACAGCCGAUAAGCCACACUAUGGAGAUAUACCACUGUAUCCUGGAAUUCCAGAGCUGACAGUGAAUGUAGCUGUGCUGACGCAGCCGAGCGGAGCCUUCUGCCUCUGCUACCACAAGCAGAUUAAUCAUUCUAAAGAAAAAGCUACCCAUCAGAGUCUGAGCUCCAGUCAAGAUGUAGAGUACUAUAUAAGUAUGAUACACCACGCAAAAACUCUAUAUGGGUGUGUGUCUAACAUUCCAAAAGAUGUUGCAAUACAAAAACGACUUGUAUUUUCAUGGUUGGGCAGUUACCUGGUGGUGAUGCUUCCUGGCUACUUUCUGCAUCUGUUGAACGUGAGCCCCAGCUUUGAGCCAUGCCAUCAUAUAUUACUUCAUGCCCAGAAAAGCUACGAUAAGUCAGUGUCAGUGAUUUCCUUUGGGAGUUCUGAUGCUGAUCUGUCACAGACUAAUUUUUCAUCACACUUUGUGAUUCCAGUGUUCUCUGAUCAUUGUGUGGCUAUGAAGACCUUGCUGCCGUCCCAGCAUUUAUAUGACUAUAGAAGUGGUUGCCUGAUGAAGCUUGUUCUCAAUACUGAUUUGAUGAUUGAAAGUUUUCGCAAUGCCUACUGGGAAACCCAGCUGGCCAUUCUCCAUUACCUGCUCCUUCACAACAAAGAUCCACUGGCUGUUAAAAUGCUUUUUGAUGUUGUAACUGAAGACCUGAGUAACUCGGAGGUUAACAGCAUGUUCUCAGAGUAUCUGAUAGCUUCAACAUUUGCAGAGAUGAAGAAACAAGUUGACAGAGAAGUUCUAAACCUGCUGUCAUUCACAUUUACACAGACACUCCGUGGACAGGUUGAGAAGAACCACACUGGACAUAGAUUGGCUCACAUUUCAUACAACUCUCUGGAAAUUAUAAACCUGAGUAAGAAGUGGUUGAAAGAAAGUAAAUCGAGAGCAGUUGAGGACUUUUGGGGUGUUCUCUUUCGGCGCUUGCGACUACAACAACAAAAAGUGCCUCCCAGAUUUUCACACGAUUCUGUUAUGACUCAUUUUUUGAUGGAACCUAUUCUGUCAAGCUGUGGUGGACGCAGCAAACUGGACCUAAGCCUUGGUCCAGCUCCUGUGUUUUUGCAGACCCAGAUACAGAAUUCCAAAAUUUUCAAGAGACGAUUAUCCAUUCUUACUAAAGAUAUGCUCACCAAGCACCUGACCAGCUACCUAAGUAAAGAGUCCCAGUCUAAAGCCAAAAAUGUAGCUUCAGAAUAUUUGCAUUGCCAGGCCAAAAUUUCACGCCAGUUGUGCCAUCUGAUUUGGAGUUUGCGUGGCCAUCAUUUGUCUUAUCAGGAUAAAUUCCUCCCUAAUCUGGAGACACCUGGCACAGACAAAGAAUAUGAACUGUUUCAACUGUAUGAAAGAUUCUACCUCACUGUUGGAGAUUUAGGCUUUCCUUUACCACCGGGUUUCAUCAGCUUUUUUACUUCUCUGGGAUUCAAGUGUCUGGAACUUCACUUGUUUUUUCAGUAUGUUGACAGAUACAUUUUGACUCUAACUCCAGAUUUUAUUCUGCAGCUUUUGGAAGAUCUUCAUGACGAGGCUGAUGAAGAGGUGCCAUUUAUCAAGUUUCAAGUCAUUUCCCGCCUGCCCAAGCCUAUUGCAGAAGAGUGCUUUGAACGGUGGAACCACCCAAUAAUGCAACAAAGGAAGGCAAGACAACAAGUCACUCAGAUUCUCCUUCAGGGGUUCAGGGCUUCUCUUGGACACUGGGUUAAUCUGAAAACUAAAACUGGGCUUAGCUACCUAUAUGGCAGAUACACAUCAAUGGAUACAGUUGAUGACAACAAAGUCUUCCCACCGCUGGACACACUAAUGAAACAUCUUCAAACUGUGGUCUCAGGUAUGACUCCAACAAGACCAAUCUCUUAUGACACUAAUCUGAUAGAAAAUAUGGCACUAUUCAACACCAAGACCAAGACAACGUUUUGA